AUGAUAAAUAACAACCAGACUGUCAUCUCCCAGUUCCUUCUUCUGGGCCUGCCCAUCCCCCCAGAGCACCAGCACCUGUUCUACGCCCUGUUGCUGUCCAUGUACCUCACCACUGUCCUGGGAAACCUUAUCAUCAUCAUCCUCAUUCUACUAGACUCCCAUCUCCACACACCCAUGUACUUGUUUCUCAGCAACUUGUCCUUCUCUGACCUCUGCUUUUCCUCUGUCACAAUGCCCAAGUUGCUGCAGAGCAUGCAGAGGCAGGACACAUCAAUUUCCUAUGCAGAUUGUCUGACACAAAUGUACUUUUUAAAUCUAUUUGGAGGCCUGGAAAUCUUCCUCCUUGUGGUCAUGGCCUAUGAUCGCUAUGUGGCCAUCUGCCUUCCCCUUCACUACAGCAGCAUCAUGAGCCCAAAGCUCUGUGUGUGUCUGGUGCUGGUGUCCUGGGUAAUUACCAUGCUGUAUUCCCUGUUGCACACUCUACUCUUGGAUACAUUGUCAUUCUGUGAGGACAAUGUGAUCCACCACUAUUUCUGUGACAUAUCUGCCCUGCUCAUGUUGGCCUGCUCUGAUAUUCAUAUUAAUGAACUAUUGAUAUUUUUCUUGGGAGGGCCCCUUAUUGUCAUCCCAUUCUUACUCAUUGUUGUGUCCUAUGUACAAAUUGUCUCCUCCAUUCUAAAGGUUUCAUCUACUCGGGCCAUCCACAAGGUCUUCUCCACCUGUGGAUCCCACCUGUCUGUGGUCUCACUGUUCUAUGGAACAAUUAUUGGUCUCUACUUAUGCCCAUCAGCUAAUAACUUUACAGCAAAGGAGGCUUCCAUGGCCAUGAUGUACACAGUGGUGACUCCCAUGCUGAACCCUUUCAUCUACAGCCUGAGGAAUAGAGAUAUAAAAGAGGCCCUUGUAAGAGUACUUAUUAAGAAAAAAUAUCUUUAUAAUGGCAACACUGGUACUUUUACUUAA